ACGACCAGCCGACGGCAAAGUGACCUGGGAGGACGUCCACACCUCAUGUGGUCCGAGAGGACACAGCUCUGACAAACAUGGGUGUUCUCCAGCUCAACAAUCCCACUCACUCCAGCACGCUUCUGCAGAGGGCCAAUCAGAUGCGGCUGACCGGCACCUUGUGCGAUGUCAUCAUCACGGUGGACGGCCAGGAGUUCCCGGCACACCGCACGGUCCUGGCCUGCACCAGCAAAAUGUUUGAGAUCCUGUUCCACCGCAGCAGCCUGCGCUACGCGCUGGACUUCCUGUCCCCGAAGACCUUCCAGCAGAUCCUGGAGUACGCCUACACCGCCUCGCUCCAGGCCACGGCCGAGGACCUGGACGACCUGCUGUACGCCGCCGAGAUCCUGGAGAUCGAGUACCUGGAGGAGCAGUGCCUGAAGGUGCUGGAGACCAUCCAGGCGGAGGAAAACGAGGAGAUGGCCAUGAAGAAUCACAGCUCCUCCGGAGACCACGGCGACCACAGCCGCAGCGCCAGGCACUGGAGGCACAUGUUGAUGUCCAAGAAACAUUCCAUACAGGACAGAAGCAACUGCACCACUCCCACCGCCCUGCACCACCUCACGCUCUACCACGUGACGGACCGGAGCUCCCCCGGCCCGGAGCCCCAAUCCAGCCCCACGUCAGGCACCGAGGUCAACAUGGAGAGUUCCCAGCAGGCUCAGCAAUCCAGCGCUGACGUAUCCCGGGACUCAGCCCUGGAUCCUGCCAGACACAUCAAAUCAGAAUGCAUGCAGGUGGACGAUGCCAACAGCUGCGAGGGCAGAUCCUCCAGCAGCGUGUCCGAGCAGCCCAGGGGCGAGGGGCCGGGGACGCCCCUGAGGGGCAGCGUGAUCACCAGCGCCAGAGAACUGCACACCGGCCCCGAAGACGGCGGGCAGGUGGUGGUGGGGAACGCCGCCGACUGUUUUCAGGGGAUCGCCGACAAGCACCUGGCCUCCAUUUACUCCGUGGCCUCCAACCACGCGGGGGAGGGCCUCCCGGUGCCCGUCUCGGUGACCUCGUCUCUGGGCGUGCCGCUGGAUCCCAGGGCCUACGGCGGCCUGCUGCACCAGGGCUUGCUGCACCGGGAGCUCCUGAGCCGGCUGGGCCAGUUUGCAGCAGGAAUGAGGCUGGAGGGCCAGACUCAAGGCCAGCAGUGUUGUGGGGAAUGUGGCCUCCAGCUGCACAGCAGGCAGGCCGUAGAGCAGCACAGGAGGCUGCAUAGCGAGGAGAAGGGGAACGCCUGUGAAUACUGUGGCAAACACUUCCAGGACAGCAUGCGUCUCAGGAUGCACAUGCUGUCUCACACAGCUCCCGCAGAGGCGCUGGUGUGUGAUCAGUGCGGAGCAACGUUCUCCUCAGAGGAUGCUCUGGAAGCUCACCGGCUAACACACACAGGGACCGACAUGGCGGUGUUCUGUCUGCUGUGUGCAAAGCGCUUCCAGACCCAGAAGGCCCUCCAGCAGCACAUGGAGGUCCACGCAGGGAUGCACAGCUACAUCUGCAGCCACUGCGAGCGCCCCUUUCCCAGCCACACAACCCUCAAAAGACACUUGCGUUCGCACACGGGCGACCACCCGUUUGAGUGUGAAUUCUGCGGGAGCUGUUUCAGAGACGACGGCACGCUGAGGGGCCACAAACGUAUCCACACGGGGGAGAAGCCUUACGAGUGCAACGGCUGUGGGAAGAGGUUCAGCCUGAAACACCAGCUGGAGACGCAUUACCGUGUUCACACAGGUGAGAAGCCAUUUGAGUGCAAGCUGUGCCACCAGCGGUCCAGAGACUACUCGGCUAUGAUCAAGCACCUGCGCACACACAACGGAGCGUCCCCGUACCAGUGCACCAUCUGCCAGGACUACUGCCCCAGCCUGGCCGCCAUGCAGAAGCACAUGAAGGGCCACAAACCCGAGGACGUGCCGGCCGACUGGAGGAUAGAAAAGACUUACCUGUAUGUCUGUUACGUCUGAGCAGGACUCGGACCACGGGCACGAUCUGACACACAGACACUGUCACUAUUGGGUGAAAAGCUGGUAACUCCUGUGUUGUAUACUGAAUACUGAAGGAAGACGGGACGUAGGGAUGUGAAAACAUAAGUCUUUUGGAAUAAAAGUUAUCACUCUUGGAGACACCAAGGUUUUUACCCGACACUGAGAAAUCAGAGCAGGAGUACAGAUGUGAGUACACAUUAGGGCUGAUUAGAAUAUUUUUACUCUAAAAUUGUCCAAAAGUAGGCAAUCUUUGCUAAUUAGGUGACGUCUUCAAAUAGAUAAGUCUGUUUGACAACCAGUCCAGUCCAGACAUCUUUAAUCUGCAGUUACACAAGACUCAAAAUUUUCACAUUUUUAGCAGCGGAAAUCAUGAAAACGUUUGUCCUGUGAAAGCUUUGCUUUGGACGUAACUAUUUUAGCUCUGGUGCAAACAAACUCUGUGUUCCUCUUCAGUGCAGUUUUGAUAACUGUAUCUCUGAUGAAUCCACUGUGGUUAGAAAACAGUGCCACACCGGCUGUGACUGCUGACUCGGAUACGCGUCGCAGCGGCUUUUUCUCUGAUUGCUAAAUCAUCAGGCGAACCCGAGUCAUCUCCUAUGAUUGUGUUGAAAAUAAUUCCACGAAGGCUUUAUUGGCUGAACUUUGCAACAUUUCUCUCCUGAUUUUCUGUGACUACUUAGCAUUUGUUUUUUUUGUUUUUUUUGUCCUGAUGUUGGGUCUUUAUUUUGGAGUUGUUUAUUUUCUGCAUGUUUUACUUGAAUGGCUGACCUCAUAAGCUUGAUCUCUUUAAUUGCCUUGUCUCUUCUUGCAGUGGGUGUUUAUUGAUUUGAGGUAGCUCGCUCACAAUUUGAGUUGCUCUUCUAAUAGGUUUUGCUAUUUAUAUGUUGUUUAUUUGUUACCAAAUAUGUGCUGGUGUUCACCACGCAGUCUGUGUCUCUUGGGAUGUUUUCUAGUAGAGCAAGCUCUACCUCUUCUCCCUGUCUGUUAGAAAUCCCCCUGCAAAUUACUCAUACAUCAGUAGGGUUACAUUUUGGUACAAAUGUCACAAUUUAAAUGGUCAAUCUAUGUGAAAAAAAAGUGAUAAGCCUCGACCAGGCUUUAAGUGUAGUUUCUUAAUCAUUGCAUAUAUAUAUAUAUAUAUAUAUAUAUAUAUAUAUAUAUAUAUAUAUAUAUAUAUUUAUAUACCCGGUAAAUGUCUUAUUAAAAAUAUCACAAAAAUCAGAAUUUUCUAGGAGAAAAUGAAAGAAGAAACAUGAAAAUAAGUUUUUUUUUUCUUGUUUGAAGAAAAAAAAAGAUUUAAAGAAAAUUCUGACACUGAAUUACUAUGAGCAGGAUAUUGUCCGUCGUAGUGUAGCUGUAACGUACAAAAUGUCAUGGUAUGUGAUUCCCCUAUGUGAGCCUAACACAGGCCUUAUAGAUUGAAACAUGUUGUAUUUUUGUAUUACAGUAAUUUGAUAUCUGUUUACAUUUGGUAUGAUUUGAGAAACAUCUUAAAUGUGUGUGUUUUAUAAGUCUCUGGUUUAAGAUCCCUCCCUUGUGCCUCUUUUAUAAGUAGAGCAUUGAUGUGCUUGAGUACAUGGGGUCGUGUUAUCGGUAGGUGUUUCUGGGUGUUUGUUUAUUGUUAAUUAAAGAUAGACUGCCAUGUAGAUUCACUUCGUCUGAACAUUGCAACUGGAAGCAACAUACUGUGAUAGUGGCUGAUAAUCUGAUGCAAGUUCCAAGCAAUUUUGAUGUAAAAAGUACACGCUUGUCUCAAACUGUUCCCUUCAGAGUGACGAUGGGCGGAUAUCUUCGAAUGAAAACAGUGUGUCUAGAAAAUCUUGGCAUCUGUGGGCAUUCCCAUGCCUUCUUAAGUAGCCAACAACACUCAGUGCCAUGAAAACACGCGAUCACUGUAUCUAUUCUACAUGAACAUGCACUAUAAAUGGAUUUCCUCGGUGGACCAAAAGAAAUGGAGCACUUUUGUUUGAAAAGGGUUUUUUUUUUCUUUGAUCUUUGUAUGUUGUGAUAAUGCAGCUGUCUUUUAUUUGAUGUGUCCUAGAAGGAUGUGAUUAGCAUUGUUUAGAUUAUGUCACUGUCUGUCUACCUCAGGGCCAGAUCAAAGCUCGACCUGGUGUUUAAUCAGGGUUGUUCUUCUUGCCAUGUGUGCAGUAAAAAAAAUGUAAAAAAAUCCCUCUUCAUUACAGCUUUGUAACACAGUGUGUGAAAGUGUUUUCUCAGUGUGGAUUCAGGCACAACUCUGUAUGCGUCAGUGUUCAGUGGCAUGGUUAAAA